AUGGACGUCUCGAAAGUUUUGGCUUGGCUGCGCCUGGCUGGGAUUGAGUGCUCGUGUUGUAGCAUUGAUGUUUUCGAUGGGUCUGGAAGAGGUGUCGUUGCUACCAAAGACAUCUCUUGCGGAGAAGUUGUUGUCCAUGUGCCAGAUGAGUCAGUACUGAUGCCCGAAAACUGCAGCUGUUCUGAGGCCCUGGAGGACGCUGGGUUGACCAAUGCAUCUGGGGAUGCUGAGAUGGAGAGUAUUGGCCUGAUACUAGCUUUAAUGACAGAGAAGAAGCUGGGCAAGUCAUCCAAGUGGAAGGGAUAUCUGGACUUCCUACCAAAGAGCAUCCCAGGCAUGCCACUGUUCUGGGAUUCUGAACAGCUUCAGAGUCUUGAGGGAACGUCAUUGAUAGAGAAGAUGAAUGGCUGCAAGGCAAUGCCUGACAGGCCUUUGGAGCCUCCAUGCAAGUUCAAUUCAGUGGUGCUACCAUUUCUACAGAGCAAUGCCCACCUGAAGCUGCCUCACAAUGCGGCCAGCACACGCCGCUUGUACGUGUGGGCAACAGCCAUGGUGUCAGCUUACUCCUUCACCAUCGGCGAGGACAGGUUCCAGGCCAUGGUGCCGAUGUGGGAUGCGCUCAACCACAUCACCGGCCACGCCAAUGUGCGGCUGCACCACUGCGCGCGGAAGGGCGCCCUGCGGAUGAUCGCCACCUGCCUCAUCACCAAGGGUGAACAGGUGAUCAACAGCUAUGGGGACCUGCCGAACAGCGAGCUGCUGCGGCGGUACGGCUUUGUUGAGACGGAUCCCAACCCGCACGACUGCCUAGAGGUUGCCUUUGUG